GAAACUAACGCUGGCUAAUCGAUGUAUUUUGUAAUGGUGUAAUCAAUCUGCGAAUGUUAGUGUGGAUUUUCCUCUACAAGAUAUUUCAGUGGUAAUCGUGUUGUGGAUAUUAUUGGUUGCGGCACGCUCCAUAGCUCCACGGGCCGAUAAGAUUCUCUUCUGUGUCCUCUACUCACUGAAUCCGAAUGCGGCUCUCCACUAUGCUCUUAAGACAUUUGCCGACUACAAACAUAGCGGAAAUCUCGAACUGUCGUGGUCUAGAAGCUUUGAAGGUUUCACACACCAUUUCACCCCUGGAGCAGCGUUGGUAAUGCUGCUAGUGGAUAUAAUCUGGAUGAGCAUUGCAACGCUGUUUUUUGAUUCCAUGUUCAGUGAUAGCGACUUCACGCUUUUCAAGCUACUAUUCGGCAGAAAGUAUCUGAGUGGGUCUGUCACCAGUCCGGAACAGAAUGAUAGUAACAAAGAGACCGACGAAGGUUUGUUGAAAACGCAAGCAGGUAUUUCGGUGCGACGCCUUGUCAAGAUUUGGGCUUCAACAGGGGAGCGCGCUGUUGACGGUAUGUCAUUGGAAGCGUAUGUUGGACAGGUCACUGUACUUCUCGGGCAAAAUGGCGCUGGUAAGAGUACCACAUUCUCAGUUAUAUGUGGAAUCACCUCUCCUACAGCAGGAAAGGUCUUCAUCUGUGGACUGGACAUACAGCAGUAUCGAUCAGAGUCCCGUAAACGAAUCGGUUUGUGCCCACAAGCGAAUGCUCUGUUCAACCAACUAACGGUUGACGAGCACCUUUGGCUUAUUCAUGGGAUCAAAGGAGCCGAUGGUGACUAUAAGGUUGAAGGGCAACAACUGCUUGACCAACUUAAUUUGGAUGAAAAAUCCAAUGAGCUUGCAAUGAAUCUCUCCGGCGGUCAGAAGCGUAAGCUCUCCGUGUCGAUGGCGCUGAUCGGUCACAGCUCCGUGGUGUUGCUGGAUGAACCCACAGCUGGUAUGGAUCCAGGUGCUCGAAGAGAUGUAGAGGCGCUUCUGGAAAAGAUCAAAGUGGAUCGAACAGUUCUGCUCACCACUCAUUAUAUGGAUGAAGCCGAACUGCUAGGAGAUCGCGUUGCAAUCAUGGUCCAUGGUCGAGUGCACUGCUGUGGUACACUGCAGUUUUUGAAGAGGAGAUUUGGAACCGGCUAUGUGAUGACGGUCGUGGUUGCUGAGAAAGCAAACACUCAAGAUAUCGCCGAAACAUUAGCUGAGACCGCUGCAAGGUACAUUCCCGGGGCCGAAAAAGGGAAGGUGCAUGGAAAACAGUUUGAAAUCAUUCUACCAAAGGAACAGCAAGAAAAGUGA